CAUCCCCCCUUUCCAUACCUUACCUCUAUUCUUGUCAUAUCCUUUUCUCUCUCUAACCAACCUCUUCUUCCAUGUAUACAUAUAUUAGACCCACACCUUUGCUCCCUUCUCCAUCAACGCUAAUCUCAUGUCCACUUCCAUGUGAAAUUCGCUCUCCGGUUCUAUCUGGCUAUUUCGUUCUUGAUUUCUUGUUCUAUCCUUGCAAAAUGAGCUCCAUAUGUGCUGACCAACACAAGCUUUACCCCUCCCACCAACUCAUUUCUUCUUCUUUUUCCAAGAAAUCCUUCAAAGACCUUGAGAUCCCUGCUCCAAGAAAACUCCUUACCAAGAAAAACCUCAUAGAUUCCCCUGAUAAUAUUAAGUCCCCUUAUUACGAGUCUAAUCUCCAAAACUUGCUUCCUUGUAAUGACUCCAUUAAUGGUGACCUUGAUCAUUCUCGUGGCAAAGUUGAUGAUGAGGACUUGGAUCCUUACUCCUCUGAUCGUUUCCGCAUGUAUGAGUUCAAGAUCCGCCGCUGCACUCGCUCCCACAGCCAUGACUGGACAGACUGCCCUUUUGCCCACCCAGGUGAAAAGGCCCGCCGGAGAGACCCCAGGAAGUACCACUACUCUGGAACAGUAUGUUCUGAGUUUAGACGCGGUGGUUGUAGCCGCGGAGACACCUGUGAGUUCGCUCAUGGUGUGUUUGAGAUCUGGCUUCACCCUUCUCGCUACAGAACUGAAGCUUGCAAAGAUGGCAAGAACUGCAAGCGAAAGAUUUGCUUCUUCGCUCACUCUGCUCGCCAGCUUCGUAUUAUCCCCGAGGUUUCUUGCGAGGCCGGAAAAUACGACGAGGGAUUGGCCUUACCUUCUUCUCUUAACCAUGGACAUUGCUGCUGCUUGGCUUGUCAUUUUGUGAUUUCCUCUCCUACUUCUACUUUACUGGGUAUGGCCAACAUGUCGCCGCCAGUGUCUCCUUCACUGUCACCGCCUCUUUCGCCGGUGAAAAAGAGGUCAAUAAGUGGGUUUUCGCCAAUUUCCCGAUACACUAAUCGUUUGAGCAAGCUUAGGUCUGGAGUCAUGAGCUAUAAAGAUGUGCUUGCAGAGCUAAUGACUUCUUUGGAGGCCAUGAAUUUCAAAAACGAAGCUGCAGCUGCCUCUUCACCCAUUUCUUUUUCUGCAGCCAAUAGCAUUCCUUGGAUGGAUUCUUCUUUCAAUGGCGAAGAUCAUCAUCAACAGUUGAUUCUUUCACCUUCAACCCCACACCCUUGUGGUGGGUCAAGAAAUUUUUUCAGUGGAGAUUGUUCAAGCAAGGGAUUUAUUGAUGAAAAGAUAAACAAUGAUGUUAAGAAUGGAGGUCCUGAUCCUGAUCUUGUAUGGGUGAAUGAGCUCUUGAUGUAGAGGAUAACUGGUUCGAAUUAACGUGUACAUAAAGUGGUGCACCAGCCGUAUACAUAUCUACCAUAUUAUAUAUAUAUGAGAUUUGGUGUAAAUAAAGAGUUCUUUUUUUUUUUUUUCCUUAUUUUCAUGCAAGAUCAAGCUGUGUAUUUUCCUAAAGUUGUUUUGAUUUUAUGAAGAAUUUUGUUUCCUCUUGAAAGAAGAGGAUGAUCUGUAGCUGUUCAAGUAAUUAAUUAUCGUUUGUGGAAUUUAAUCAAAUGUUUAUAUA